AUCUGCAGUGAAGAUCUUUUUUCUCCAACUGGAAGAUUUUCUUCUUUUCUUUUUUUCAUCUGGAAACUUUUCUUCUUUCUUGCAGAGACAAACAUGAGCCACGUGGACGUGAAGAACAUGAAGCCGAGCAGCUUCGAGGAGGAAUAUUACGACCAGUACGAGUAUUAUAACCUGACCGACAAAUACACAGAGGGAUCAGCCCGGAAAGGUCGCACAAAGAAAGAAUCGAGCGAAAACACCAACAGACCAAAUCCAGGCGGACACGAGCGGAAGAUCUCGGAGAAGCUGCAGAACAGCGAGAAGAAAGCCAAAGAGUGAAAAGCUCAGGACUUCUCGGACGGAUCUUCCCGGAAACAGACCUGGGCGUCAUGGCGACGGAUGGAGAUGCAGACCUGGGUGUCAUGGCGACGGAUGGAGAUGCAGACCUGGGCGUCAUGGCGACGGAUGGAGAUGCAGACCUGGGCGUCACGGCGACGCGGCUUGCUGGCGGACGCUGACCCUGUGGGUGCAGACGUCGCUGACAGACGCUCACCUGUGCAGGCGUGGCCUGCUCCGCUGACGCAGCGCGGCGGCGGCGGCGGCAGCAGUUCGGUGUUUUUCAUAAGGUGUUUUUAAGAAACUUCCUGAAAUGACCUCUCAGGGUGAAUUUUCAGUAGUUUCUCAGACUUGUGUACAAAGCUCACAGCUUACACAUCCUGUUUUUUUAUAUUACUGAUCACAUUUCAACAUGUUGAUGAAUCACCAUUCAUCUGUUUGAACACUUUUGACUCUCAGAUUUCUUUUGAAUCAAUAAUUGAGACUUUGCUUCAUCAAUAAAGUUCUCAUUUAAGA